CGGCUGCGCGCGCAGCGGUGGUGGCGGCGGCGCGGUCGGCCGGGCUGUAACCGUCGUCCGUCCGGUAGCGGCUGGAGCGGCAGCGGCGGCCGGGCAUAGCGCGAGGCGACGCCACAGGGCAGCGGCGGCAGCGGGGACAGCGGCGGCAGCCGGAGACGCAGCGGCGGCCGCAGCAGCAGCAGCAGCAGCAAGACGGACUCGUGGACACGCGCCGCCGCCGCCGCCGCCGCCGGGCCGGGCCGGGUGUCGCGCGCCGAGGCUGGGGGGGAGCCGUCGCCGCCGCCGCUACCGCCGCCGCCGCCGCCGCCGAGGUGACUGAGGAGAGAGGCGCCUCCUCGCUCCCGCCGCCGCCGGACUUCAAUGCCCAGUCCCCAGCUCGCCAGCGUUUUUCGUUGGAAUAUACGUUGCACAUUUAUGGCGAUUCUGAGCGUGAGGGCAGACUUCUGCCAGGCUCAGCACAGCGUUUCCGCUGACAAGUGAGCUUGGAGGUUCUAUGUGCCAUAACUAACAUUGCCUUGAAGAUUCUGGACACCGAGACUGGCCUCAGAAAUAGUUGGCUUUUUUUUUUUUAAUUGCAAGCAUAUUUCUUUUAAUGACUCCAGUAAAAUUAAGCAUCAAGUAAACAAAAGUGAAAAGCGACCUACACUUUUAACUUGUUUCACUAGUGCCUAAAUGUAGUAAAGGCUGCUUAAGUUUCGUAUGUAGUUGGAUUUUUUUUGAGUCCGAAGGUAUCCAUCAGCAGACAUUGAGGCCCAAGUUGAAUUUGGAUUGAAGUGGAUUCUAAAUACUUCUGCUUGUCUUGAAGAGAGAAGCUUCUUAAAGAAUAAACAAGUUGAAUAGAGAAAACACUGAUUGAUAACAGGCAUUUUAGUGGUCUUUUUAAUGUUUUCUGCUGUGAAACAUUUCAAGAUUUAUUGAUUUUUCUUUUCAUUUUCCCCAUCACACUCACACACGCACGCUCACACUUUUUAUUUGCCAUAAUGAACCGUCCAGCCCCUGUGGAGAUCUCCUAUGAGAACAUGCGUUUUCUGAUAACCCACAACCCUACCAAUGCUACCCUCAACAAGUUCACAGAGGAACUUAAGAAGUAUGGAGUGACAACUUUGGUUCGAGUUUGUGAUGCUACGUAUGAUAAAGCACCAGUUGAAAAAGAAGGAAUCCACGUUCUAGAUUGGCCUUUUGAUGAUGGAGCGCCACCCCCUAAUCAGAUAGUAGAUGAUUGGCUAAACCUACUAAAAGCCAAAUUUCGUGAGGAGCCAGGUUGCUGUGUUGCAGUGCAUUGUGUUGCAGGAUUGGGAAGGGCACCUGUGCUGGUUGCACUUGCUUUGAUUGAAUGUGGAAUGAAGUAUGAAGAUGCAGUUCAGUUUAUAAGACAAAAAAGAAGGGGAGCAUUCAAUUCCAAACAGCUGCUUUACCUGGAGAAAUACCGACCUAAGAUGCGAUUACGCUUCAGAGAUACCAAUGGGCAUUGCUGUGUUCAGUAGAAAGAAAUGUAUACGAAGGCUGACUUGAUCGUGGCAUUUAGAGGGAACUCUUGGUACCUGGAAAUGUGAAUCUGGAAUCUUAACUGUGUCAUCAAAAGUAGUGAUGGAUUCAGUACUCCUCAACCACUCUCCUAAUGAUUGGAAAAAAGCAAACAAAAAAGAAAUCCCUCUAUAACGUGAAUAAAAUGUUUAAGAAAAGAAAAAGAGAAAGAAAAAAAGGAUUAAUUUAGUGAAGGAUGAUUUUACUCCUAGUUUGGAGUUUGAAUUUCUGCCAGGAUUGAAUUAUUUCAAAAUCUCCUGUCUUUUUUAACUUUCUCAAAAUAGGUCUCUAAGGAAAACCAGCAGAACAUUAGCCUCUGCAGAACCAUCUGUUUGGGGAGCACACUCUUCCAUUAUGCUUGGCACAUAGAUCUCCCUGUUAUGGGAUUUCUUUCUUUCUUGGGGGUGGGGGGGCGGGGAGGCGCGGUAUAUUUUUCCCUUCUUCACACUUUCUCCUAUCCCUGUUUUUUCCCCUGAUACAAGUUGUAGGUGGAAUAGGAGAAGCCCAUGUUGCUGUAGAUGUGUGUGCAGUCUGGCAGCCUUAAGCCCACCUGGGCACUUUUAGGAAAAAAACAAAACAAAAAAACACCAAAAACAAAACAAAACAAAAAAAAAGCAAUGGCAUGUAUAUUGUAAGAUCCAGGUGGUUUUUAGUCUUUACUGAUGAUGGGCUAUUCAUGUUCGUUUCUUUUCUUGAAAACCCUUUUCAACUUUAGGCAAGGUAGCCAGGAACCUUUUGUUUUGAUGAAUUUGUGGGGAAAUGGCAUUUUAAGAGGAGUCUCUCUUCAAGAACUUAGCUGAGAGUCGAAUUCAUCUCUUUUCCAACCAAUGAAGCUAAGUGGAUGUCCCAGAGAUUUUGUUUUCUGAAGGGGAGUACUCCAGGCCAUCACUAAAGAUAUCUCCAAGCAGAGCAUUAGCACACUUUCUACACCUUUGUAGACUUGUGGGCUGUAGCAUUACUCUGAUUUUCUGUCUAAUGAUGUCAGAGAAUGCUGGUAAUGUAAAGUUUUUAUUUUAGGACUUAUUUUUACUCUGAAUUUUCAGGAAUAGUCAAAGGAGUAGCAGCAAAGACACAGUAUUUUAGACUUGAGAAAUGCCUGUAAUAGGUAUUUUUCAAACUGCCCCCAAAUGUACAGUUCAGUUUAACCACUGAUUGCCUUGUUUUUUUUCUUACUAGGUUCUUUAUGAGAUUUAACAAAAAUUUUUGCUGGUUCAAAACCAACAAUGCCUAGUGAGUGUGUGUCCACAGGCCAUGCAGGGUAGAAGAGAGACAUAGAGCAGCUCAGUGCGUAGCAAAGGGACUGUGUGGCUAAUGCAGUGGUGUAGUAUCAUUUCUUCAGGUUCUUUACUGGAUUCAAUGUACUGAUCUAGAAAAGCUGUUUCUCUGCUCCUUUGCAGUUGUGACCAGGCUGCAUUGACAAAGCAAGUUGGAGGAUACCAUCAGGGGCUCUUGCACUCUCCAUCUGACUAUUAACAGUGCUCUGCUUCUAAGGAUUUGAAUAAAGUCUUAGGGUCAUCUUGUCCUGUUGGAAUUUGCUGUACAGAGCCAUAAGCUUCCCAUUUUGUUAGGAUCAGCUAGGCCGGUAGGAAUGGACCGGGACCUUGUCUCACACUGAUGAUACCUCAGAUGUUGGCUGGCUGUGUGAACUGCAUAUUUCCUAUGCUGAGUUGUUUUGAUUUUUAAAUAAAUGAAAAUCUGUAGAUUCUCUCCUCCCCCAUCCCAGGAAACAAGAUAAUGCUUUUUGAAAUUGUUUCUAGGAUUUUUAAGUGAAAAAUGAUGGUACUAUCCAACAUUCUUUAUUUCAGAACCUGACAGUAGAUUCCUUUAACAUAGGCUCAAGAUCAAAACACAGCAUAUCCUCUCAGCUCAGAUAGACUGUUGACUCCAGGGGUUUUGGUCAAUACCAUAACAAACCUAUUUCCUUUGACUUGCUCUGAUUUUUGUUGUUUGGAGGGAGGGAGGGAGGGAAGAAGGGAGGGGGAGAGAGAGAGAAAGGAGGGGAGAGAGCGUGCACGCACGCCCGUGUGUGUGCGCGCAUGCGCGUGGCUCGAGUGUGCACUAUCCACCAGUAACAGUGCCUGCCUGAGUUAGGAAAAUUACAUUCCUGGUUCUGUAUGAGGAGAAGGGUAUAUAAAGCAACAUGAAACAUUAGCCCUCAUUUUGUUUUAAAUUACAGACUAAUGUUAAUUGUUCUCAGAACUGGAUUUUCUUCAAAAUUAAAAGUUUUUUUUUUCUUUUGGAUUUAAUGAAGUAUUGCUAGCUGAAGCCAGUUUGACAUGGUGAGAGAGAUGUCAGACUGAUAAAAAGUGUGCAGCCUGAUUUAAAACCAAACCCUGAGCCCUUUUAAAGAACAAUAAAACAUAUUUUACAUGCU